AUGGCAGCGGCAACGACGCGGUCCACGUGCACCGUGGAGACGGUGCAGGGCGCGCACGUGUUCGACAUCUUCGGCUACAGCCUGCACAAGGGCAUGGGCGCCGACAAGUUCCUCCGCUCCGCCACCUUCUCCGUCGGCGGCCACGACUGGGCCAUCCGCUUCUACCCCGACACCCCCCGCGUCCCGGGCGGCGGCGCAGCCGGCGGCCGCGGCGCCCGGGAGUACGUCUUCGUCUACCUCGUGCUGAUGAGCGCGGGCGCCACGGCGCGGGCGUCCUGCGACCUCGGCCUGGUGGACCGCGCCACGGGGCUGCCGGCGACGGUGCACGCGACGGCGGAGCCCCGGGCGUUCACCUACGGCGAGCAGAGCAUGUUCUUCCCGGAGACGGCCUUCAUGGGCCGCGCCGAGCUCGAGGCGUCGCCGUACCUCGCGGACGACCGCCUCACCAUCCGGUGCGCCGUCACCGUCAUCAAGGAGCCGCGGGUGUCGUCAGCGGCCUCCGCUGCCGCCACCGGGUUCGGCUUCGUCCGCUUGACGUCGCUGGGCGCCAUGGCGAGCUGCUGCUGGCCGCAGCUGAGGAGGAUGCGGGGGAUGUCGCUCUCGUUCGCGGAGGGGAGAGAUCCAGGGCGGCGGACGCCAAGGGUGCAGGCCGACGACGGCGAGGUAGCCGCCGAUUCGCCGUCUUUGCCGGCCGACAAGGAGGCAGCAGUGUGCUACCGUCCAAGGUCGAUAUGCAUUCCCUGA